AUGGAAGAAGCACCAGAUGAGUUGUUUCGAGGCGCAGGAUGGAAUGGUGGUAGUGGAUCUUCGGUCUCUGACGAAGCUUUUGAUGUAAGGCUGCGAAGAAAGAACGGAAGGCUGGAAUCAAUAUCAGACGACUCGUUGCAUUUGUCUUCUUCGGAUGAAGAGGGCAAAGAUGUGCCAAGAUGGAUGAAAGUCCUUGUGCAGUCAAGGAGAGGAGCCUUGGUUCAUGUCGAAGACGAGAGGAUCUUCUGGGGAUUCAACCAUCCUGACCCGGAAUCUGAGAGGCAAGAGCUCUUGACCAACCAGACAUAUUACAACAAGUUGAUGGCAAGAGCCAGGCUGCGAGUGCCCUGGAUAUUCACCCGCAAGCAACUCAACCCCGUGCUCUUGCGACGUUUGAACCAGGAGAUCUUGAGGAUCGCGUACCUCAAGAAGUCGCCGAGAGUUCCGAUCCUGUUGCACGAUCGACAGCGACAGGCACGGCGGGCAAGUCUGAUACAGAAGCAUCUUGAAAAGAACGUCCUGUACGAUCGAGAUCAGUUUGCACCCUCGAGUUCUGUGAAGCCGUAUCAGAAUGCUCCCAGAUACCUCUACAUUGAUGUGAGUGUCAGAGCUGUCAAAGAGAUCGGAGAAGCGCUGGACUCUAGCUUGGUCCGAUACUUCGAGGAGGAGACUCGGAGGCAUGCGGGGACUUGCGAGGAAGGUCGCGUAUGCCUCAGCCUCUCUUGCUACGGGCUCAUGGGGACGGCAGGGUAUGGGAUGCUCUACCGACGGCGCGUGGUCGACGAGAAGGAGGAGCUCAACUUUCCCGGACCUCUUGUCCUGGUCUUAUCUUCGGAGAUUCAAGUGCCAAGCUCGCUAGUGGCAGUGGCGAAUCUUUCGCACGGGUUCAAGGUUGUCGAGUUAUUGAGCCGACUGGACGUGGAUGAGGAAUUCCGGUGUGUCACUGCUCCUGAUCUCUCCUACGCCAAAUGCAAGAUGCAGGCAAGUCGAGCAACUCUGAGGACGAAAGAUCUCAACUGA